AGUCGCAGCAUUAUUCUGCUUCAGGUUUUGUCACUAACAGGCUUCAGGAGUCUCUUGUGGAUGACAGCGGGGAGCAGUGCUGGAGAUGCUGUAAGCUCACACAACCGCUAGAAGACAAACGCCGUGGUCCUCCCACCUUACCAAAGCUCCUGAGUGCGGCUCAGAGAACAGGAACUAUUUUUAUUUUUUUAAUAAACCGGUGAAUUGGACUUUGCCCUGCACUGGAUCUUGAGUCUGCGUAGAAGCAGAGCGCGUAAGACAGAAGGACAGUCUUUUUUUCUUUCAGUCAAACCCGGGGUGGAAAAAAAAAACGCAGCAAUGACAGAGCAGCAGUCGUGCGCAGCGGCAAAAUAGACCAACUAUUGUGGGGACGGAAGAUUGAUAACACAACUGGGCGAGCAGCGAGAGCGGCAGAUGUAAUUUCCAAACGUUGCAGCUGGUUUGGAGCCAGUGGUGUGCUGGAUGGGUUAUUAUUCUGUUCUCCUUUUCAUCAUUCACUGCUUCCAGCGUUUCCAGAUUACUUGGGGGAUCUCGGACGGCUGUCUGUGAGGGAGUAUUGCUGCAGAGACUUACGGGGAAUGCCAUGUGUCGCUGCGCGACAUAGAAGCUCUUUGUGGGCUGUUUUGCACCGGGGACAGGUGGUGCCGUGUGUGUGUGCGUGCGUGUGUGUGUGAGUGUGAGCGUGUGUGUGUGUGUGUGUGUUUGUUGAAACUAGCAGGGGGGCACGCGCACACAACCCCCCUGAGACAGUUGUCUUGGGGAUGUCAGGCCGGCGUACGGGAUCAGUUUUUGCCAGAGACAGGUGCGACAGGGAGGAGUAGUUUUCAAAACCCUACACAGGAUCUGGUAACGCACUAACGAGCCUCCUCUCUCCUCUGAUCACUCUCGGAUUUUUUUUUUUGUAUCCAGCGGGACUCACAAUCGACUCACACUGUCGUUGCCUCGGCGGCACCUUUUCCCCCGAUAACCAGAGACUCCACCGUUGUGUUGCUAUGACGACCGUGGCCCGUCCCUCCUUCUUCCUGCUGUGCUGGUUGCUCCGAACGGCCAGCUCGGCGUUCCCAGAGGAACCGGGGCCUCUCAACUUCAUCCCCACUGAAGUGGUGAGGAGACACCCUGUGUUUCUGGGCCGACCACAUCGAACAUGGCUGAGACAAGAGCCUUUACAUAUCCAGAGGGUCCUCCAGGUCAAUCGGACUCUCUACAUUGGAGCCAGGGAUGACCUUUUCCGUGUGGAGUUGGACAUUGUUGCAGGAGAUGAGAUGUUCUACAGCAAGAAAAGAACAUGGGAGUCCAACAAGAACGACAUCCGGAUCUGCAGGAUGAAGGGCAAGCACGAGGAUGAAUGCCGUAAUUUCAUGAAGGUGUUGCUCAGCAGACAAGGAGGCCUGUUUGUGUGUGGCACCAACGCCUUCAACCCUCUCUGUGCCAACUAUACUGGAGACACUCUAGAGAUGGUUGGAGACACGGUCAGUGGUAUGGCGAGAUGCCCCUACGACCCCAAACACGCCAAUGUAGCUCUGUUUGCAGAGGGGAAUCUGUUUACAGCCACAGUGACAGACUUCCUGGCCAUUGAUGCAGUGAUCUACCGCAGCCUCGGGGACAGUCCCGCUCUGCGCACCGUCAAACACGACUCCAAGUGGUUCAGAGAGCCGUAUUUUGUCAGCGCCGUGGAGUGGGGACCUCACAUCUACUUCUUCUUCAGAGAGAUAGCCAUGGAGUUCAAUUACCUGGAGAAGGUGGUGGUGUCACGGGUGGCGCGGGUGUGUAAACGCGAUCAGGGUGGCUCACAGCGUGUCCUGGAGAAGCAGUGGACGUCCUUCCUGAAGGCCCGUCUGAACUGCUCCGUCCCCGGGGAUUCCCACUUCUACUUUAACCUGCUCCACUCCACCAGCCCCGUCAUCAGGAUGCACGGCAGGGACAUAAUUCUGGGAGUGUUCUCCACUCCGGCUAACAGUAUCCCGGGCUCGGCGGUGUGUGCCUUCGACAUGGAGCAGCUGGCAGGGGUGUUUGAUGGGAGGUUCAAGGAGCAGAAAUCACCUGAGUCUAUUUGGACGCCUGUUCCAGAUGAAGUCAUCCCGAAGCCAAGACCCGGUGGCUGUGCUGUUCAAGGUUCCAGGUUCAAUUCUUCAAACUCGUUCCCCGAUGAGAUGCUCAACUUUGUCAAGACUCAUCCACUGAUGGAUGAAGCCGUCCCAUCACUCGGGCAAAGACCUUGGAUAGUCAGAACCAUGGUCAGAUACCAGCUCAAUAAGAUUGUGGUGGACACAGAGGCCGGGCCUUACAGAAACCGGACUGUCCUGUUCCUCGGGUCAAGCAGAGGGACCAUCCUCAAGUUCCUCAUCAUGCCCAACCAGGACAACACCGUCACCAACAGCAACAUCUUCUUGGAGGAACUCGAGGGAUACAACCCUGAUAAGUGUGCUGAAGACUCUCCGCAGGCCAGGCAGCUAUUGUCUUUGACUCUAGACCGGGCAAGCCACACUCUGCUCCUCGCCUUCCCCUCCUGUGUGGUCAGAGUACCAGUGGCACGAUGCCAGCUCUACUCCCGAUGCAUGAAGAACUGCAUUGCCUCCAGGGACCCUUACUGUGGCUGGACCAGAGGAAGCACUUGCUCAUUCCUCAGACCUGGGACCAGACUGCCGUUCGAGCAAGAUGUUGAACAGGGAAACGUGGCCCACUUGGGUGACUGUGACGGAAUGCUGCUCCAAGAGACUUUCAUCGAGGAACCCGAUGGCCUGGUGUCUGUAAAUCUCCUAGUGGUGUCUGCUGUUUCAGCCUUUGCAACUGGAGCUGUCCUCUCUGGCCUCACCGUCUGCUGGAUCAUGAGUCACCGCCACCGCCACUCCCGAGGCUCUGGAACCAAUGGCGCCCGCCGCAAAAGUGACAAAGAGCAGAGCAUGCUGGGGCAGGGGCGCAGCGGGUCAGUAAUGAGCGUGACAAGAACCAGCGGCGGAGAGAGACGUCGUUCGCAAGCAGACAACCCCUUCGUUACGCCCAAUGGUUGGCCUAAAGGAGAGAUGGACCCAGGCUUGCUGCCUACCCCGGAACAGACCCCACUGCAGCAGAAACGGAGCAUGCGUCUCCCAGACACUGACUGGGAUCAGAGCCAGACCUUCCUCACUGCUGUGGGGACACCGUGCCCCAACAACUCUGUCAUCUACCUGAGCUCCAAGUUCCUGCAUGGUGGUGGAGGGGGUGGAGGGAUGGUCCGGAUAGAGGACCCAGGGGAGGUCAUGCUGCCCCCGCACACAGAGCGCCAGCGCUACUUGAUUCUAGCCACCCAGAGAGGGGAGCACGGUGGCAGUCGUCCGAGUGGCACCCUGAGGAACUCAGCAGGAGAAUACAUCUACCCCGCCACGCCGCAGGACUCCCCUGACCGACGGAGGGUGGUUUCCGCUCCCACUCCCCACAUGGACUAUGGGGAGCCUCGCUGGAGUCACGAGGCGCUUAACUACAACAGCAACAAUGGAGCACCCUAUCACCCCCAGCGUCAGGGUCUUAUCAGGCCAGAUAUGCACGGGCCUCGGGGAUUGGGAGAACUGGCUGACUUCAGCCAUCUUCUAGGGAAGAACAUGGGAGAGCGCACCCCCAGUGGUCAGUGAGGUGAAGUACAUGAGUCCUGGCACCAAGCUCUCUCUGAACACCCAUUCCCUCCAACAGCAGACUGGAAUAAAUCAACCCCUCAGACUCACUGUCCCGGUCCAACCUUACCCUGUCUGUCCUCUCUCACUGUCAUUCAAUGUUCUGACGUCAUUCAGCUGACUGAAGAGAGAGACAGAGAGAAAAGAAACAAAGAGAGAGUUGAAAUAGAGGAGAAAACUCUCCUCACAUCUCUGUUCCUCUGCUCUUAAUCUGAGGUGCACCCCUCUUGCUCUGUAAGUGGUACGACCCGCAGAGCUUGACUUUGACACCACAGGACAAACAGUAAGGUAAAGAGAGGGGUGCAAAGCAAAGGGAAUCUUCUCCAAGGAACAUGGCGGGGAUUUAAAAAAAAAAAAAAAAAAAAAAAGAACAAUUUCGCUUGCAGAGCCAAAUGUGAAAGGUCUCCCUCCACCAUUUUGUUCAUCGUUAUGACACCGUGGAUCUUGUUUGAGUGUGAAAUUUUGUUUCUGCUUUUGUUUUUUUGUGCCAGUGGCAUCCAGCAGACAAUAAUGUGCUUUAUUACGGAUUUCAGAUGAGACUAAAACUGUUGUAGCCGUG